AUGCGUGAUAUCUUCGGCUGGGGCAUGAGCCCCGCCCUCGGUUCCAAUCUACCAGCCGGCGAUAUCGGGGGCGGAGGAGGCGGCAGUGGUGAAACGGAGUCCGAAGAACCCAAAGAGUCCCUCACUACGUCGACAUCAACUUCAUCUUCCAGCUCGACCUCGUCUUGCACCGUCACUUACACCGUCGCCCCCCACUGCACUCAGCCAUGUGUCGUCUCGCAGAUCAAAAGCCUCGGCACAAGCAGCUACAUCACCAGCUGCGCAACCGCAACCUGCCGGACCACGCAGAUGUGCACCAGCAUCGACACAACCACAACAACCACCUUCACCACCAAGAGGCAUGAGCGCACCGCGGCUUGUAUGCCCAAGAAAUGCCCCGCUUGUCAACAGAACACACCUCAGGCUUCUUCCAAGGAACUCGAAGCUCGCCAAAGCUUCUGGGAUGAGCUCAUUCUGCAAGAGACCAUCACGGAGCCUGAGACAUGGGCAGGGGGCGAGUACGAAUGGUGGGAAAAGAUGCGUCGCGUUGCAAAAACUUAUGGCCCGGGCCUUCACAUUGACAGUAAGUACCGCAUGGAUUCCUCAUCCUCUUGGACACCGUUCGGCAAUGCGCCUCAUGGCGGCGGUGCCGGCCCCGUCUGGGGAGGCGCCAUAGUUGUGGCCUUCUCUCCUGAGGGCGUAUACGCCAAUCACUUGUGGGAGAUUCCUAACUUCAGCAUCCCCCUGGACGAGGAGGAAUACUUCAACGUCGAUGGUGGUUACAGUGAAGAUUACUACUUCCGGCAAAACAUCGAAAUGUUCCCCCAGCAAGGGUCCGUGGCCUUCCCCUUCCAGGAGCAGUAUCCAGCCCUCGCACCCAUGGUCGACGCCAGCGGGCCCCUGCAUGCCAAAGACUUCCAGUUCUUCCGGACGAUUGUAUUCGUCUCCACUCACCCCAAUGGGGAGAUGUUCUAUAAGCGUGACAACAGAAGAAUCAUUGACAUUCUCUCCAACAAAAUCAAGAAGCGUAUCACGAUCUAUGGAUACCAGCCUCGCUACGACUUGGGCAAGGAUUUCGAUUACGACUUCGGCAGAGCGACGCCUCCGCCAAGAAUCCGCGCGUCGAAUCCCUGGGACGGUCUUUUCAGUUGGUUGUACACGCCAAAGGGCCCUACCGGCCAGAGAGAACUUGUGGUGCGCUACGAGAAGAACAUUAUCCAUCGUGAAGCUUGGUGUGGCAGUGGACGCGCCAUCCCCGAUGCCCCACCGUCCAACUUCGAUCUUCGGCCAAAGGCAGACGGCCGUCUCGCUACUAUCCGGCCUAGACAAGAAGAUGCCGCCUGCGGGAGGUUCAUCCUCUGCGGUCUCGGCAGUCCGGAAGCCCUCUGCGGCGAUUACCGCAAGUACCCGCCUCCGUCCCUUACGGGUCAACUGCCGAAACGCCAGCUCCCCCCUUCCAGUGGUCCGACACAGGCCGAGAGAGAACUCUCGACGGACAUCAUGAUCGAUCCGAAAGAUGCUAUCGGUGGCGAGAUAUGGUGGUGGAAUCGCAUGCGGAACACAGUGAGCGAGCGUGGAGCCGGUUUCGGCGGCCAUCCUGACAAACCCGAGCAAUGGUCCACCAGCACCUUAGUCACCUUGAAUCAAGAAGUUGACGGCACCGUGACCAACCGUCCUCGGUUUGGCGGCUCCGGUCCCAUUUGGGGCUGUAUGGCGAUCAUCGUCGCAUCACCCGAGGCCCCACGUCUGGGAGAUGCCCUCUCAUGGCCGACCGCCUUCGAGCAAUGGAGCCAAAUCUUCCCUCGGCCGACGGUGGAGUACUUCAGGGAGGAGUUUCUUGACUUCCUCGACAACGGUAACAUAAAGGGCACCUUCAAGCAGCCUUAUGAGAACAGAUUCCCAGGCAGCAACCCCGGACUAAAGGACAUGUUCAUGGAGAACGGCGCCUUCAACGUCAAGGAGAAAGAGUUUGUCUGGGUGGGUAUCGUCACGCGAUCCUACAAAAAUCUUAACAUGCCUCGCGUGCAGUACGACUGGCAGAUACAGCAGGUGUAUGAGAAGUUCAUUGCCUGGGGUGUCGAUUCGGAGAACAUCAAUGUAAAGGCUUGUCCAGCUCGCUGGGACUUCAUCGUUGGCGGAUCACAGAUUCAGCCUCAUUGGGGUAUUCUCAGCUGGCAGUAUCACCCCGAGCACAGAGAGGGCAAUCACGCUGAGAAGAAAAUCCGCGUUCGCUUUGAAAAGGAGCUUCUCUUUGAGAAGUCCUGGUGUGGUUCCGGCACGAAGAUCGCGGAACCUGAAGGCGAGGCACAUGUGCGUCGCAGACAGGAGGAUAUCGAGGCUUGCAAGAUGGUCAUCAGUUCCAAGGAAUCCGCUUCGACCACCAGAGUAUCGACGGCCUUGCCUGAACCUACCCAGGCUUGCACCAAUGAUACUGAGUGUGGUUCUCUCUCUUGUCCCGAGAACCGCAUCAGUGUUUGUUACCAUGACUUCUGUCACUGUGUCAUCCUCGCAAAUCCAAGCAACACCGAGGUCCUUACUGGUACAAUCUACGCUACUCCCACGACCACUCUUGACGCUUCACAAACCCCCACGUUCCCCGUCUCGUGGCUUCUUCCGAACGUGACUUCGACUGUCCCGUCAUUGGACAUAUCUUCGGCAUUGAGCAGUUCAAUGACAAGUGCCUCCUUGACGAGCACCAUGGUAAGCAUAUCUUCGACAAUAGCCCUCACGAGCAACCUCACAGCUACAUCUUCGGGCAUUUCAUCUAUACUCUCGUCUAUGGCUACCCUCACUCUCUCAGCUUGGAACCCCGAGGAAUCCGCUCGGAACACCUGCACCAUCAAGGAAGACUGCUCAGCUCUUAAGUGCUCUGACGAUCAGUAUCCGUACUGCCGUGUUCAAGAUGGCACCAAUCCCGGCUGCCACUGCUUUGACAAGCCCAGAAAGCUCCUCGACGCCUGCUCUACAGCCGAUGACUGCGCGAAUAUCGACUGUGAAGCUCGCCACAUCCCAACCUGCCGCCCUGUUGUCUACUCCCCAGACAUAACGCCCAUCUGCCUCUGCGAUGCAGAUAUAAUCUCCCCUGGCACAACCUGUCUUGUGGAUACCCACUGCGACGGUCUCCCCUGCGAUGUCGCCAACCAGCGCGGCUUCUGCAAGUCCAACGCCUGCCAGUGCGACUUCUUCAUCUCCGAGGGCGUCGGCUGCAGCACGCACUACGACUGCUCGCCCAUCCGAUGCUCCGAGGCCAAACCACACAAGACAUGCUCUAUAUCCAGUAACACGUGCGAAUGCUCCGCUUCAGCACCCGCGCCGCGCCGUGCCGAGGGCGACCAGUGCUCGACCGAUGCCGACUGCACCACGAUCGGCUGCACCGACUUUGAGGUCAGUGUAUGCGAAGCCAACGUUUGCAGGUGCCGCGCGUGGAAGUGCGGCUCCGAUAAGGACUGCGACUCGAGCGACAAGACGUGUGACUACGACAAGAAUCUGCGCUGCGUGCGGGGCAAGCUGCCCAAGUGCGUCCAUGGAUGCCAGAGCUUCUGGUGCGGCAAGGAGUGUUAG